UUUUGCCGACCAUGCGUCUGUACGGGCGCGCUAGGUCUACAAGCCGGACAACAAAGCCGCCAGAUUCGUGCAACCCGUUCGACUGUCACUCAGUCUGAUCGCCGUUGUCGACGUGAUCAGCUCCUCCUCCGGCGACAUCGAUAUCGCACUGGUCAAGGCAGUCAUCCUGGCAUGCGAUGACGACGAUGUCAGCCUCUGCGCGCAUGCCAUUGGCGUGCUGCCAGAUUGGAUGCCCAUCUCUUCUCUACCCCCCGCCCGUGGCAUUCGAGUGGAGCGGCAGCUCGACCGACAGAAUAUACUCAGCAGUACAACGGCAAGGAUUGACAGGAUCUGGGCCUUCCAAGUCGAUGAUCGAGGUCGCAUUGGAUGUCAUGAGCCUGAUAACGUCCGUCUGACUGACUGGGCGAGGAAUAAGGCUCGCUGCCCCGGCUCCUUGGCAAGACAGUCAGGCAUCUUCGAAGAUGCUGUCUUGACAAACCUUGUCUUGAGGCCCGCGCUGGGUGACAUCGUUGCCGACCACAUCCUGGCAGAGCUCCUCACAGCUCUGCCGCUCGCCAUACCGGAUCUUGGACAAGCCAAGGCUUCGGUGCAUGCGUACGACUUCCCCGACUCGCACCGGGGAGAGAUCCGACAGGUCCGGCGAGCUGAACAGGACUGGUAUAUCCUCAAUCUCACUGGCAUAUUCCCAGUUCAUUUAGUGCUCUCGUUUCGAUCGUACUCAUUGCUUCACAUAAAGUCUCAAUCUCUACUGUAUAUCGAGCCAAGAGCUUGCUCCCCAAAAAUAUGUGGCCAAAGUCUCUUAAUCGAACCAGGGCUAACGGAGAUCAGACCACCCAUCACUGGAGUUCAGCUCUCUACGCGUGUGUAUCUGUAUACCUUUGAGCAUGAAUUUCCAUAAUUUUAUUCUUCCCUUAGCGUGUCAGUGUGUCGUAUCCUUCUGCUGUA